UGCCGACUAAAGAAGCAAGAAGCAAUAAUAUUAAAAGAGUAUAUAAAACUGAAAGCAAUGAAGUGCUUCUUCUAGUAAACUUCUCGUGUUUUGAUACUAAAGUUGUGUAAAAAGCACCGAAAAUGAACGCACCACCUACCUUCGAAUCUUUCCUUCUGUAUGAAGGUGAAAAAAAAAUUAUUAAAGAACUCGACACAAAAGUCCCGAAUGCCGCAAUUUUUACAGUGAACAAAGAAGACCACACUCUCGGUAACAUGAUCCGCAAUCAGUUACUGAAGGAUCCCAACGUUCUGUUCGCCGGCUACAAACUUCCCCAUCCGCUGGAACACAAGUUCGUGAUUCGCAUUCAAACAACAUCCGACUAUUCCCCGCAGGAAGCCUUCAUGAAUGCCAUUACGGAUCUACUAUCGGAACUAUCGCUGUUUGAGGAACGCUUCAAGGAAGCUUACAAGGAAAAGAAGGAAGGAGGUGACUAGUUUUAUGGCAAGUUCUCAGUAUUUUCUUCGCGGCACUAUGAUGAGGUCUCUUAUCGAUAUAAGUUUCUAGUUUUAUUAUCCUAUCUAAAUGUGGAAAGCUAAUUUCGUGAAAUAAAUAGAAAACAGUUCUAAAGUUACACAAACUGAAACAAAACUGGUUAAUUUUUUGUC